AUGGCAUCCCUAGGCGAGGAUCUGCUCGUGACUGUGAACAAGCUCCAGGAUUUGGUUUUUAAUACCAUUGGCAAUGAUUCUCUCGACCUACCUCAGAUUGUUGUCGUCGGCUCCCAAUCUUCCGGUAAAUCAUCAGUCCUAGAGAACAUCGUCGGGCGAGACUUUCUUCCUCGAGGCAGCGGAAUCGUUACCAGACGCCCUCUGAUCCUUCAACUGAUCAAUAUCCCGAGCGAUCGUCAUGAUAGGCCCGAACAUGACGAGGUUCAUGUGCCGCAUACGGCAGCCAGCGUAGCAGGCCAAAAUGAAUGGGCUGAAUUCCACCACCAGCCUGGCCGCAAGUUUGACGAUUUUGCAAUGGUGAAGCAGGAAAUUGAAGCAGAGACAGCACGAAUCGCUGGUAGCAACAAGGGCAUCAAUCGUCAACCAAUCAACCUCAAGAUUUUCUCUCCUCAUGUCCUGAAUUUGACCCUGGUUGACUUACCUGGCUUGACUAAAGUGCCGAUUGGAGACCAACCGUCUGAUAUUGAGAAGCAAACCCGCACCCUGAUUUUGGAAUACAUCGCGAAACCCAACAGUAUCAUUCUGGCCGUCUCUCCAGCCAAUGUGGACCUGGUCAACUCGGAGGCAUUGAAGUUGGCUCGACAAGUGGACGCCAUGGGUCGACGAACGAUCGGAGUCCUCACUAAACUAGAUCUCAUGGACCAUGGCACUAAUGCCAUGGACAUCUUGUCCGGCCGUGUUUAUCCAUUGAAGUUGGGAUUUAUUGGAGUGGUCAACCGGUCUCAACAGGACAUCCAGUCUGGAAAGGCGCUUUCCGAAGCCCUCAGUGCUGAGGCUGAUUUCUUCCGUCAUCACCCUGCGUAUCGAAAUAUGGCCAAUAGGUGUGGAACACAAUACCUUGCUAAAACCUUGAACACGACCCUGAUGUCUCAUAUUCGGGACCGAUUGCCUGAUAUCAAAGCACGCCUGAACACCCUGAUGGGCCAGACUCAACAGGAACUGGCUAGUUACGGAAAUAAGCAGUUUAGUGGCAAGGAGCAUCGGGGAUCUCUGAUUCUACAGCUGAUGACUCGGUUUGCCUCGUCCUUUAUAUCGUCCAUCGACGGAACCUCUUCAGAAAUCUCAACCAAGGAACUAUGUGGUGGAGCACGUAUUUACUACAUCUUCAACGAUGUGUUCGGCAAUUCCCUGGAGACCAUUGAUCCUACACACAACUUGACCAUUUCUGACAUCAGAACGGCGAUUCGUAACUCAACCGGUCCUCGUCCUAGUCUUUUCGUUCCAGAGCUGGCGUUUGAUCUGUUGGUCAAACCACAGAUCAAGCUGCUGGAGUCUCCAGCCCAAAGGUGUGUGGAGUUGGUUUACGAGGAACUUAUCAAGAUCUGCCAUACUUGUGGCUCCCAGGAACUUUUGCGCUUUCCUCGCCUUCAAGGCAAGCUGAUUGAGGUCGUAUCGGACCUUCUCCGUGAACGUCUCGGCCCUUGCUCUGGCUACGUCGAGUCUCUGAUUUCUAUACAGAGAGCGUAUAUCAACACCAACCACCCCAACUUUCCUGGGGCCGCGGCCGCCAUGUCCUCUAUUAUUCAGAACAGACAGGAGGAGGAACGAAAGGUCAUUCUGGCCGAGGAAAAGAGAAAGCGAGAAAAGCGACGAAUGAAGGAGCUCGGAGCGGCGAACGGCACAGCUGAAGAUGAGGAGACACAAAAUGAAUCCAAAUCACAGAAUCUCCCAACCAGAAGCCAGUCUUCAAAGGGUGCGCGCAGCAUGUCACCUCAUGUGAGCCGCAACUCGGAGAAUGGUAUUACUGCAACGCUGAAUGGCACAACUCACCCUGCAGGAUUCGGUGGAUCGCAUACCGCGCGGGAUUCAUUCCUGAACUAUUUCUUUGGAAAGGAAGGCAUGCAGAAUCCAGCUGCACCGCCCCAGCCUGCAAUGAGCCGAUCUUCUGGCCAUAAUCAGGAGAGGAGCAUCAGCCAGAGCAUUCGCCGGGCUGAGGUCCGGUCGCCUGUCUUGCCCCCGGAAGAUUUUACACUUCCUUCUGAGUAUGGAGGGGAGUCUGCUGCGUUUCCCCAUGACAACGCAGAGCCCACUCUAACCGAGCGGGAAGUGCUGGAGACUGAGCUGAUCCGCCGCCUAAUCUCUUCAUACUUUCAGAUCGUUCGUGAGACCAUUGCCGACCAGGUUCCUAAGGCGAUCAUGCACUUGCUCGUCAACCACAGCAAGGAUGUUGUACAAAAUCGCCUUGUCAGUGAACUCUACAAGGAAGACCUUUUUGGUGAGCUGCUAUACGAAGAUGAUGGUAUUAAGGCGGAGCGGGAGAAGUGCGAACGACUUUUGGAUACAUACAAAGAGGCCGCCAAGAUCGUCGGUGAGGUGUUAUAG